AUGGCGGCUUCUCAUCGUCUCCCCGUCCGAGCGGUGAACCUCGGCGGGUGGCUGGUGACUGAGGGCUGGAUGUGGCCGUCGCACUUCGAGGACAUACCCAACAACGAUCUCCUGGAUGGCACGCAGCUGCAGUUCAAGUCGGUGACGCAGAACGCCUACGUGGCUGCGGAGAAUGGCGGCGGCGCGGGGCUGGUGGCAAACCGGCCGCAGGCGUCUGGCUGGGAGACCUUCAAGCUGUGGCGGGUCAACGAGGUGAAAUUCAAUUUCAAAGUGUUCGGCAACCAGUUUGUGAGCGUCCAGAGCGACGGCUCGCUGGUUGCGACGGGGGUAAUGCCGAGGCGGCCGGAGACUUUCCAGUUGGUGCGCAGCCCCAACGACAAGUACAGGAUGCGGAUCAUGGCGCCUAACGGGUUCUUCUUGUAG